UGAAGUCCCCGAGAGAGCAUGUUAGCUAGCAAGCCGGCCAUGUCCUGACGGGGGACAGACAGCUCAGGCAGGGCAGAACCUGGACUCUCUGAACCAGGCCGUCUCCCUGUAUGGGUCCUCUGCAGCUACUCUGUACCUGGAAAAGCCAGGGGUGAGAAAGGAGGGACAGGGAUUGAAGAAUUCAGAGCCAGGAAGCCCUCUUCGCUGGAAGCCUGAAGAGAUGAGGCCCCCUUUCAGGGCCUGAAUUUCCUGCUGCUAUUCACAAGAUGCUUUUUAUCUUCAAUUUCUUGUUUUCCCCACUUCCUACCCCGGCGCUGAUCUGCAUCCUCGUCUUUGGAGCUGCCAUCUUCAUGUGGCUGAUCCGCAAACCUCAACCAGUCUUGCCUCUCGUUGAUCUGAAUAACCAGUCAGUGGGAAUUGAGGGAGGAGCACGGAAGGGUGCCCGGCAGAAGAACAACGACCUAAUAACUUACUACUUCUCAGAUGCCAAAACAGCAUAUGAAAAUUUCCAAAGAGGACUUGCAGUUUCUGAAAAUGGACCUUGCUUGGGAUAUAGAAAACCAAAGCAGCCCUACAGAUGGCUGUCCUACAAGCAGGUAUCUGAUCGAGCAGAGUAUCUGGGCUCCUGUCUCUUGCAUAAAGGAUAUAAGCCAUCACCAGACCAAAAUGUUGGCAUCUUUGCUCAGAAUAGACCAGAGUGGAUCAUUUCUGAGUUGGCUUGCUACACAUACUCCAUGGUAGCUGUCCCGCUGUAUGACACCCUAGGAACUGAAGCCAUUGUAUACAUUGUCAAUAAGGCUGAAAUUGCCACGGUGAUCUGUGACACACCCCAGAAGGCUUCCACCCUGUUGGGCAAUGUGGAGAAGGGCCUCACCACCUGCCUGAAGAUGAUCAUCCUCAUGGAUCCCUUCGAUGAGGAUCUGAAGCAAAGAGGCGAGAAAAGUGGAGUUAAGAUCCUAGCCCUCUCUGAUGCCGAGAACAUAGGCAAAGAGAACUUCCGAAAGCCUGUGCCUCCUAGGCCAGAAGACCUGAGUCUCAUCUGCUUCACCAGUGGGACCACAGGUGACCCCAAAGGAGCCUUGAUAACACAUGAAAAUAUCAUUUCAAAUGCUGCUGCUUUUCUCAAGUGUAUGGAGUACAGUUUCGAGCCCACCCCUGAGGAUGUGAGCAUAUCCUACCUCCCCUUGGCUCAUAUGUUUGAGAGGAUUGUACAGACUGUUGUGUACUCUUGUGGGGCCAGAGUUGGGUUCUUCCAAGGAGAUAUUCGGUUGCUGCCUGAUGACAUGAAGACUCUAAAGCCCACGGUGUUCCCUACAGUGCCUCGGCUCCUUAACAGGGUCUAUGAUAAGGUACAAAAUGAAGCCAAGACACCCUUGAAGAAGUUCUUGCUGAACUUGGCUGUUGCAUGUAAAUUCAGUGAAGUGAAAAAGGGCAUUAUCAGACGCAACAGUAUCUGGGACAAGAUCAUCUUUGGAAAGAUUCAGGAUAGCCUGGGUGGGAAAAUCCGCCUCAUGGUCACUGGAGCCGCCCCCAUCUCCUCUCCAGUCCUCACAUUCCUCCGGGCAGCACUGGGAUGUCAGGUGUUUGAAGCUUACGGCCAAACAGAAUGCACUGCUGGCUGUACAUUCACAUCCCCCGGGGAUUGGACAUCAGGCCAUGUUGGAGCCCCCUUAGCUUGCAAUCACAUAAAACUGGAAGACGUGCCUGACAUGAACUAUUUUUCAGUGAACAAUGAAGGAGAGGUCUGCAUCAGAGGCACCAAUGUGUUCAAAGGUUACCUGAAGGACCCCGAAAAGACAAAUGAGGCUUUGGAUAAGGAUGGCUGGCUCCACACAGGAGAUAUUGGUCGAUGGCUCCCGAAUGGAACUCUGAAGAUCAUCGACCGCAAAAAGAAUAUUUUCAAGCUGGCCCAAGGAGAAUAUAUUGCUCCAGAGAAAAUAGAGAAUGUCUACAUCAGGAGUAGUCCAGUGGCACAAAUUUUUGUACAUGGAGACAGUUUGCGGUCAUCCUUAGUAGCAGUGGUGGUUCCCGACCCAGAUGUGCUUCCCGCAUUUGCAGCCAAACUUGGGGUUAAGGGGUCACUGGAAGAAAUGUGCCAAAACCAAGUUGUAAAGCAAGCCAUCUUAGAAGACUUGCAGAAAAUUGGGAAAGAAAGUGGCCUUAAAUCAUUUGAGCAGGUGAAGAACAUCUUUCUUCAUCCAAAUCUGUUUUCCAUUGAAAACGGGCUUUUAACACCAACACUGAAAGCAAAGCGAGCAGAGCUUUCCAAAUAUUUCCGGGCUGAAAUCGAUCACCUGUAUGAGACAAUCCAGGAGUAGAUGGAGUUUGCAGCUGAGCUGGAAGCUAUGGGAGAAGGAGCUGAAAUAUACAUCAAGUACACUUUUCCUGUAAUCUCCUGGGCUGAGAACAAAGACCUAUUAGCAAACAAGAUGUUUAUAUGUCAGGCUUAUCUUCUGGGAAGAAAUACUAAAACUCACUCUUAAACAACACGCUGCUUCCUCUUGUAAAGUCUGAAAUAAAUUGUUGCAAAAACUUA